CUUUCUCUUCAAGUUGAGGCCGGCGCUGCAGGCGGCGGCGGCUGCGCGGCGAACCAGGCGGCCUGCACGGCGGAGCGCGGAGCCGCGAUUCCCGGCUCUGUCCAGCCCGCGGAUCCUCAGGCCCGGGUCUCGGGCCGGGCCCCAGCGUCAGCCCCGAGCGUCCCGGGGCCGAUGGCGUGGGGCGGCGGGUGCGGGCGGCGCUGAGCCCUGCGCGGGCCAUGGCCUCGGCGUGCGGGGCGCCGGCCCCGGGGGCAGCUGGGCUCGGGGUCGCGCUGGGCAGCCCGGCCCCCGCCUGGUACCACCGUGACCUGAGCCGUGCUGCCGCGGAGGAGCUGCUGGCCCGGGCUGGCCGCGAUGGCAGCUUCCUGGUCCGAGACAGUGAGAGCGUGGCGGGGGCCUUCGCACUCUGCGUCCUGUAUCAGAAGCAUGUGCACACAUACCGAAUUCUGCCUGAUGGAGAAGACUUCUUGGCUGUGCAGACCUCACAGGGUGUGCCAGUGCGCCGCUUCCAGACCCUGGGCGAGCUCAUCGGCUUAUACACCCAGCCCAACCAGGGCCUCGUGUGCGCCCUGCUGCUGCCUGUAGAGGGGGAGCGAGAGCCAGACCUGCCAGACGACCGCGAUGCCUCAGAUGGGGAGGAUGAGAAACCCCCACUGCCUCCACGCUCUGGCUCCACCAGCAUUUCUGCCCCAGCGAGGCCCAGCAGCCCCCCGCCAGCCUCUGAGACUCCUACAACUCCAGCAGCUGAGAGUGCUCCCAAUGGGCUGAGCACCGUCUCACACGAGUACCUGAAGGGUAGCUACGGGCUGGACCUGGAGGCUGUGCGGGGCGGAGCCAGCAACCUGCCCCACCUCACCCGCACCCUCGCCACCUCCUGCCGGAGGCUGCACAGUGAGGUAGAUAAGGUCCUGUCAGGCCUGGAGAUCCUGUCCAAGGUAUUUGACCAGCAGAGCUCGCCCAUGGUGACCCGCCUAUUGCAGCAGCAGAACCUGCCACAGACUGGGGAGCAGGAACUAGAGAGCCUGGUGCUGAAGCUGUCAGUGCUAAAGGACUUCCUCUCUGGCAUCCAGAAGAAGGCCCUGAAGGCCCUACAGGACAUGAGCUCCACCGCACCCCCGGCUCCACUGCAGCCAUCCAUACGUAAGGCCAAGACCAUCCCUGUGCAGGCCUUUGAGGUGAAGCUGGAUGUGACCCUAGGUGACCUGACCAAGAUUGGCAAGUCACAGAAGUUCACGCUGAGCGUGGACGUGGAGGGUGGGCGGCUGGUGCUGCUGCGGAGACAGCGGGACUCUCAGGAGGACUGGACAACCUUCACGCAUGACCGCAUCCGCCAGCUCAUCAAGUCCCAGCGUGUCCAGAACAAGCUGGGCGUCGUGUUUGAGAAGGAGAAGGACCGGACCCAGCGCAAGGACUUCAUCUUCGUCAGUGCGCGGAAGCGGGAGGCCUUCUGCCAGCUGCUGCAGCUCAUGAAGAACAAGCAUUCUAAGCAGGACGAGCCCGACAUGAUCUCUGUCUUCAUAGGCACCUGGAACAUGGGAAGUGUGCCGCCUCCGAAAAAUGUGACAUCCUGGUUCACAUCCAAGGGUCUGGGGAAGACCCUGGACGAGGUCACUGUGACCAUACCCCAUGACAUCUAUGUCUUUGGGACCCAGGAGAACUCAGUGGGCGACCGUGAGUGGCUGGACCUGCUGCGCGGGGGCCUCAAGGAGCUCACGGAUCUGGAUUACCGUCCGAUUGCCAUGCAGUCACUGUGGAACAUCAAGGUGGCUGUGCUGGUCAAGCCAGAGCACGAGAACCGCAUCAGCCAUGUCAGUACGUCCAGUGUGAAGACUGGCAUUGCCAACACCCUGGGGAACAAGGGAGCUGUGGGCGUCUCCUUCAUGUUCAAUGGCACCUCAUUUGGCUUUGUGAAUUGUCAUCUCACCUCGGGAAAUGAGAAGACCGCUCGGCGGAACCAGAACUACCUGGACAUUCUGCGGCUGCUCUCGCUGGGCGACCGGCAGCUCAGUGCCUUUGACAUCUCCCUGCGCUUCACUCACCUCUUCUGGUUUGGGGACCUCAACUACCGCCUGGACAUGGAUAUCCAGGAGAUCCUGAACUACAUCAGUAGGAAGGAGUUUGAGCCCCUGCUCAGGGUGGACCAGCUCAACUUGGAGCGGGAGAAGCACAAGGUCUUCCUUCGAUUCAGUGAGGAGGAGAUCUCCUUCCCACCCACCUACCGCUAUGAGCGGGGUUCCCGGGACACAUAUGCCUGGCACAAGCAGAAGCCAACUGGGGUCCGGACCAACGUGCCUUCAUGGUGUGACCGGAUUCUGUGGAAAUCCUACCCUGAAACUCACAUCAUCUGUAAUUCCUAUGGUUGCACUGAUGACAUCGUCACCAGCGACCACUCCCCUGUAUUUGGGACAUUUGAGGUUGGAGUUACCUCUCAGUUCAUCUCCAAGAAAGGGCUCUCAAAGACUUCGGACCAGGCCUACAUUGAGUUUGAGAGCAUCGAGGCCAUUGUGAAGACAGCCAGCCGCACCAAGUUCUUCAUUGAGUUCUACUCCACCUGCCUGGAGGAGUAUAAGAAGAGCUUCGAGAAUGAUGCACAGAGCAGUGACAACAUCAACUUCCUCAAAGUGCAGUGGUCUUCCCGCCAGCUGCCCACGCUCAAGCCAAUUCUGGCUGACAUCGAGUACCUGCAGGACCAGCACCUCCUGCUCACAGUCAAGUCCAUGGAUGGCUACGAAUCCUAUGGGGAGUGUGUGGUUGCACUUAAGUCCAUGAUUGGCAGCACAGCCCAGCAGUUCCUGACCUUCCUGUCCCACCGAGGCGAGGAGACAGGCAACAUCCGUGGCUCCAUGAAGGUGCGGGUGCCCACGGAGCGCUUGGGCACCCGUGAGCGGCUCUACGAGUGGAUCAGCAUUGACAAGGAUGAGGCAGGAGCAAAGAGCAAAGCCCCCUCUGUGUCCCGAGGCAGCCAAGAGCCCAGGUCAGGGAGCCGUAAGCCAGCCUCCACAGAGGCCUCCUGCCCACUGUCCAAGUUAUUCGAAGAACCAGAGAAACCGCCACCAACUGGGAGGCCCCCAGCCCCACCCCGAGCACCCCGGGAGGAGCCCUUGACCCCCAGGUUGAAGCCAGAGGGGGCUCCUGAACCGGAAGGGGUGGCACCCCCCCCACCCAAGAACAGCUUCAAUAACCCUGCCUACUACGUCCUUGAAGGGGUCCCACACCAGCUGCUGCCCCCGGAGCCACCCUCACCUGCCAGGGCCCCUGUGCCACCUGCCACCAAGAACAAAGUGGCCAUCACAGUGCCCGCUCCACAGCUUGGGCGCCACCAGCCCCCUCGUGUGGGAGAGGGGAGUUCAUCAGAUGAGGAGUCUGGGGGCACACUCCCCCCUCCAGACUUUCCACCCCCACCACUGCCAGACUCAGCCAUCUUCCUACCCCCCAGCCUGGAUCCUUUGCCAGGGCCAAUGGUCCGGGGCCGCAGUGGGGGUGAGGCUCGAGGCCCACCACCUCCCAAGGCCCAUCCAAGGCCCCCACUGCCCCCCAGCCCUUCACCCACCAGCACCUUCCUGGGAGAAGUAGCCGGUGGAGAUGACCGGUCCUGCUCAGUGCUGCAGAUGGCCAAGACCCUGAGCGAGGUGGAUUAUGCUCCUGCGGGGCCCGGACGCUCAGCACUCCUCCCAAGCCCCCUGGAGCUGCAGCCACCCCGGGGACUGCCCUCGGACUAUGGCCGGCCCCUCAGCUUCCCUCCGCCCCGCAUCCGAGAGAGCAUUCAGGAGGACCUGGCGGAGGAGGCUCCGUGCCCGCAGGGCGGGCGGGCCGGCGGGCUGGGCGAGGCGGGCAUGGGUGCCUGGCUGCGGGCCAUCGGCUUGGAGCGCUAUGAGGAGGGCCUGGUGCACAAUGGCUGGGACGACCUGGAGUUUCUCAGUGACAUCACCGAGGAGGACCUGGAGGAAGCUGGGGUGCAGGACCCGGCUCACAAGCGCCUCCUUCUGGACACCUUGCAGCUUAGCAAGUGAUCUCGGAGGCACCUCAAAGCUGCGACGAACUCAGCGCCUCUCCCCACCCUCGGAAGGCCCAGCUAUCGCCCCAGGGUUGGAAAGUUCUAAGGGGCGGGGCAGUCCCUCUCUGCCUAUUUAUUGGGGAUCUGCCUUCCCCACUGCCCAAUUACUUGGAAUGCCCUAAUGAGAGUAUCCUGCCCCGCCCCUUUAAGGGCCACGGCUGCGGAGGUCAGUUGCCAUGGUUACCAAGGACCCUGGUUACUCUGGUGCUGUUCUCCUUUUCUGGACACCCCCCCCAGCCCCAAGGGUGUCCGUGGGGGUCCAGCUGGGUACGUCUGGGCCCCCACUUUCAGCGCUGUUUUUGCUGCCCUCUGCAGGGCCUGAACUACAGGGGAGGAGUUCUGCUAGGACCUCCCGAAACCCCCACUGAGGGGUGUCCGUCCGGAAAUGAAGGAAUAGCCCUAGGACCGGGCUGGGGUUUAUUUAAGCUUUUCUGUGUGGGUUUGGGGAGGGAGGGCAUCUUAAUAUUAUUGGGAUCGUUGGGUGGGCAGAAUAUUGGCCAUAAAGUGCCAGUUUGCUUAGUUCUUACGGUCUCCUGGUCUAUACUGCCCUGCACUGGGGAUGCAGCGGCCGGGGGUCGGGGUUCCUUGUUGUAACGGGGACAGGGUUCUUGCAGGCAGCCUAUCCCCACCUUGGGCACUCAGAAGGGUUGCCGGUGUGAUGUCUUCAAUAAAUUAAGUUUUAUUUGGAUUGAGCAAAA